CCCGCCCGCCGCCGAGUCCAGCGGCGAUCUGUCUUCGGGAGCAUGGCCGGCUCCGAAGCUGAGUGGGUAACCAUUGCCAAUAACCUUCUUUUUAAAUGUCAUAUACACCUAAGGAUACACAAACUUGAAGAUUGUGAUGCUAAUGUAUUUAUUGCUCUUUAUCAAUCCAUCCUGGGAGAAAAGGUACCAGACCUCAUAGCUAUUCCCAAAAGUCAAGAGGAUGAUGCCCACAAUGUACAAGCUGUGAUUGAUUCUCUGGCAUUGGAUUACCUUCAGGUCAGCUUGUCUCACAUAACAGGAGAAAAUAUAGUGAAAGGAGAUAAAGAAUCUAUCAAGAACCUCCUAGAAAUAUUUGAUGGCUUGCUGGAGUAUCUUACCGAACACAUCAGUGAAGCAUCUCAUGAAAAAAGUGAAACGGAACAGUAUUUCAAAGAACCCCAUCAAGGAGAACAUAUGGAAGAGCUAGAAAGUUCUAUGAAAUCUAAAUUACCAUGGAAAAGAGUUGCUGUUGGAAGGUAUUCCAUCCCAUCUGACAAGUUGGGCCCCAGUUGGGAUGAAGAUGAAGCCGAAUCUACGGGUGAAAUAAUUAGACUUGGAGAAACAGCACAUACCUUUACUCUAAGAAGCAAUGAUGCCUCUCCUGUGAGUACGAUUCCCAGUGCUAGGAAGCUGGGGGAGCCUAUCCGAGCAGCCAUUCCUUUACAUCCACCCUACCACCCUCCAGAGCCGCGAGCACCCUGCCCCAUAGGAAGAGAUUACCUUAGCCUAAGCUACUACUCUUCCCCUGUCACAAAUUGUACUGGAGAGCGCACAUUUCUUAUGGAACCCAAGGAUGACGUUCUCUUAGCUUCAAAGUUGCCUAAACCUGGUGAACAGGAAACGUGUGCUGCUCAGGUCCAAAGCCCGAAGACAAGGAAAUUUGCCAAGGGGAAAAGAAAUGAAAACAGAGUUGCAGCGUCCUCACGGGAUGUGCCGAGAAAGAGGUUAACAGAACAAGAACUACACACAGUAUCACAGAAAGUGUCCCAACGGCUCUCUGAACUAGACCAGAUGUUAAGAAAUGCCCUGGGUGAUCGAAUUAAAGACAAGCCUGACAGUGAAGAAGAUGACAUUGGGAAGGAAGAGGUGGGCAGUGGAAGCGAGGAGGAAGUCCUGUCUCAGCACAGUGACAGCAUCAUGGAGUAUGGGCCAAAGAAGCCCCGGCCAGGUACUGACUUGAGAGGCCUGGGACGGGGCGCCUGGACAUUAACUGACGCGUUUGAAAGAGUGCUAAGAAAAAAUAAAGUUCAAGAGAAUAUCAGACCUCAGGGGAUAAGUGAAGAGGAGGAGGAAACAAAAAAAAUAUACAGAGAAGCUGUUCAUAAAGGAAUUCCAAAAUAUAGUCAGCCUUGGAAGAUUUAUGCCAGAAAAACCAAAGCUCAGAGUCCGAGACGUGGCUUCCCAAAGUCAAAUAAAGCGACUCCAAUGAAAGUGAAGGAACACAGCCUCCUCCCCCUCAUGCUGGAGCAGUUUCCCUUUCUGUAUGUUUCUGACCCAACACUGAGCAAAAUGUGGAAACAGCAAAUCACACACACUGAACAACUCAGAAAAGAGGCCUAUGGAGAAGACCGAUCCAAGAAGAAACUCCACGAUGAAAUAGAAGAAUCCCUGAGAAGGCAUGACCUCCUUACAGACCUGGUGAAGAAAGAAUAUGAACAUAACAGAAGACUGCAAGACUUCAAGGAUCGCAUUCACAGACAGAGGCUGACCCAAUCCAAGAUAAAAGAAAAUCGUCAGCAAAUUGUUCGUGCUCGGAAAUACUAUGACGACUACAGAGUUCAGCUGCGGGGGAAAAUGCUGAGAAUGAGAACCCGUGAAGAAAUGCUAUUUAAGAAACUGUUUGAAGAAGGCUUACAGAUUCAGAAGCAAAGGUUGAGAGACCUAAGAAACUAUGCAAAAGAAAAACGAGACGAAGAAAAGAGACAGCACCAGAACGAACUGGACUCAUUAGAGAACUACUAUAAGGACCAGUUUUCACUACUGGCAGAAGCCAUAUCACAGGAACGGCAGGCACUGAAGGCCAGAGAGAAAUCCCAGGCCCAGACGUUACAUAAGGUGAAGAGGGAGCUGAGAUCGAAGAUGGAGAAGGAAAUCCAGCAACUACAGUGCAUGAUAACGCAAAAUGACGAGGAUGCUUUCUUCCGGGAACUUGAAGCUGAGCGCUUCAAGGCUCGGCUGCAGCUGGCCUCUUUUCAGUACAGUAAAAAUCCCUUCCCCUGAGGCCAGGCGAAGUCUCUGGAGGUCUUUACUAGGACAGUGCUAAAACUGAGCCAGUAAACAAUGUACACUGAAAGAAUAAUUUUUAAUGCCUUAUGUAUUCAUUCCGGUACUUAUUAUUUUUUAAAUAAAAACCACUUUUUCAAAGCUUCCUGCUUUUAAAUUUAUGACCUAAGCCAGAAAAAGACCAAAAGCAAAAGCAUGUUCUUUACAAUCUUAUUUGUACUAAAGCAAUUAACAAGUUUUGAAUGAACAUCUAACUUCCUGAAGCCUAUUGCUAUAAUUCAACAUAAGAUAGUGUAUAUUAAAAAUAAAUAAACAC